AACACGCAGUCUGUGAACCGGAAGUAGUAGUUUUCCGAUUCUGGCUGAUUCAUUGUAGCUUUGUCGGUUUGACACGACUGAAGACAGAAACAGACUUUUUCUGAAGGUUGGAAACGUUUGACCAGCAGAUCCCAAUAUGGACCGGCUGCUGAGGCUCGGAGGUGGGAUGCCAGGGCUUGGCCAGGGCCCCCCGACAGAUGCACCUGCUGUGGACACAGCUGAGCAGGUUUACAUCUCCUCUCUGGCCCUGCUCAAGAUGUUGAAGCACGGUCGUGCCGGUGUACCGAUGGAGGUCAUGGGAUUGAUGCUGGGAGAGUUUGUUGAUGACUACACAGUGCGAGUGAUUGAUGUGUUUGCGAUGCCCCAGUCAGGAACAGGUGUGAGUGUUGAAGCUGUGGAUCCCGUGUUCCAGGCCAAGAUGUUGGACAUGUUGAAGCAGACUGGCAGGCCAGAGAUGGUGGUGGGAUGGUACCACAGUCACCCUGGUUUCGGCUGUUGGUUGUCUGGCGUGGACAUCAACACACAGCAGAGCUUCGAGGCGCUGUCAGAGCGCGCUGUCGCAGUGGUGGUUGAUCCCAUUCAGAGCGUCAAAGGAAAGGUUGUUAUCGAUGCCUUCAGACUGAUCAACGCCAACAUGAUGGUGUUGGGUCAUGAACCAAGACAAACCACGUCUAACCUGGGUCAUCUGAACAAGCCCUCAAUCCAGGCUCUGAUUCAUGGACUCAACAGGCACUACUACUCCAUCACCAUCAAUUACAGGAAAAACGAGCUGGAGCAAAAGAUGCUGCUGAACCUGCAUAAGAAGAGCUGGAUGGAGGGCCUGACCCUGCAGGACUACAGUGAGCACUGCAAGCUCAACGAGACCAUUGUCAAGGAAAUGCUGGAGCUGGCCAAGAACUACAACAAGGCUGUUGAAGAAGAGGACAAAAUGACCCCAGAGCAGCUUGCAAUCAAGAAUGUUGGAAAACAGGAUCCCAAGAGACACUUGGAGGAGCACGUAGACGUUUUAAUGACAUCCAACAUUGUUCAGUGCCUAGCUGCCAUGUUGGAUACCGUGGUUUUCCAGUGAUGGCGCCGUGUGUAUAACUGUUAAUAUUGCAACCCAUUGUUUUCUUUUAUAUAAAAAUAAAUGUAUGUAUGAAAUGAUGAA